AUGCAUGCGGAUGACGAUUAUGAUGAUGAUGGGCCGGACCUGGAACUGCUGGAACUGCUCCGGCAGUCCCUCGGCCUGGGGGGAGGCAACUCAAAAACACCGCCGCCAGCAGAGACAAAGGUUCUCGAGGGCGCAAAGUUCAUCUUUGACAACGCUAUAGAUGUUGCCCUUGACCCUAAGGGAACCAAGUCGGCUGCCAAAAAUAUUUGGAAGAUGAUGCAGGAAAAAGAGUACUCGACUGAGUCAUGGUCAGCCCAUGAGUUGCAUCCCAAAGCUAAAGACGAGUCCACUGUCAACUUUAUAUUCACCAUGGAUCUUCUCAACUUCAGCUUCUGGUCUGAACUUGAUGCGUCGAAGAGAUUCGCGGUUGAGUAUCGGGGUAGGAAAUGGACUGGUUAUUGGAGUCUGGUCGCUGCCUUGCAGAGGGCCCUUGAUGAGGAGAUACCCAUUACGAGCUCCGACUUUUGGCAAGAUGAAAAUGAGUGCACAGAUGAAGUGCUGAGGCAUGUUUUCCGGUCUGCCACUGACGAGGAGAUUCCUCUUCUUGAGGAACGCAUCGCCUGUCUACGAGAAGCAGGAUCAGUUCUCUAUGAGAAAUAUGAAUGUAGUUUUGCCAACUGUAUUGCAGAAGCCAAUGGUUCAGCAGCAGCUUUGGUCAACCUCCUGGCUCAGAACUUCCCUUGUUUCAGAGACGAGGCCGAGUUCUGUGGGAAGAAAGUCCGGUUCUACAAGCGGGCCCAGAUCCUCGUUGCUGAUUUAUGGGCCUGCUUCCAAGGUCAGAGUUACGGAGAGUUUCAUGAUAUAGACAAAAUAACCAUGUUUGCCGAUUAUCGUAUCCCUCAAAUGCUUAAUCAGCUUGGUUGUCUGCUUUUCUCUCCGCCGCUGGAGAGUGUUAUUCGGCAGCACAAGCUCAUACCUAGUGGCCAUCAGCGGGAGGUCGAGCUUCGUGGUGCCAGCAUCUGGGGCGUGGAGCUAAUAAGGCGAGAGAUACAAGAGCUUCAACGGCAGAGGAAUGGCCAUCAUGAAGCUAAUGGAUCCAAACCUUUACAUAUCAACGCCAUCUUGAUUGACUUUUUCUUAUAUGAUAUGGUCAAGGAUAUGGAGGCGGACGGGAAAGAGACUAUGCCACAUCAUCGGACAAGAAGUAUCUGGUACUAA